AAACAUUCUAACUUAUUUCUUUCUACUACGUAAAUGUUGCUUUAUGAUUAUUUCAUAUAAAAACCUUGCAGUUAUUCUUAUUCUUUUUUUUAUUGCUUUAAUUGAUCUUUUUGUUUAACUCUGGGUUUCAGGCACUACAGAUUAACUCCACAUGGUGAUAAUUUAAGGCAAAAUAUGGUGCUGUUAUUAAAACAAACCUGCAAAGAAACCCCCCCUGAGAGUCGGGGGGACCAUCAAAAGCAGCAGUUUGGGGAAAGAGGAGAUUGGGAGGGAGAAGACAAUCAAAGGCUGCUAUUUUAAUCUGGCCUGCCUCGGAGAUUAGCCGACCACAUUGUUUUAAUUGUUUUAACUGGAGGGAAUGAAACGCUCGCUUAUUGGUGGUUCCUUGGGCAUAAAUCUCUCAAGUUCAAUAGUUUCAAAAACUUGAGCCUCCCUCUCUUCUCUCAGCCUACCUAAUCCCGGCUAAUACCUUUCUUUCUAUUGGCUAAUGGCGGAGGGGAGCAUGGGUAAAUGCUUCUUAAAUAGUCGAGGGGUGAGAAUGGGGUUUUCUGAGAAUUAGAUCCGUGCCAGGACAAAGAGCGCUGGUGGGAGUCAGAUCAGGCCUAAAGCGGAGUACUAAAAUAUUUUUGGACGACAGUUUGGCCAAGAAGCGAUCCUGGAUCUGACGUCUGCGCAGGAUUUCAGGCCCACGAUGAAUCCUUUGAAUUUCUGCGGGACGCCUGGUGCUGUCGCCACGCACCCCUACCAGGAUUUGAACCCCAUGUUGACGGACUUCCGCCGGCAGGUGGCAGAGCAGUACCGCGCACACUCCACGGCAGGCCCGUCUGCUCACACCUUCACCAUGGCGGAAAGGCUUGCAGAGCUUAUCCUGGAAGCUCGCUAUGGCAACCACCAACAGAAGCAGCGCCGCAGCCGGACCGCAUUCACAGUGUCACAGCUGCAGGCUCUGGAGAAGGCCUUCCAGCAGACACAAUACCCAGAUGUUAACAUCAGGGAAAGGCUGGCCAUGUGCAUCAACCUGCCUGAGGCUCGCAUUCAGGUUUGGUUCAAAAACAGGAGAGCAAAGUUUCGUAAAGGUCAGAGAUGUUCCACCACCGCCACAAGAGACCAAAAUCCAGAUGACGAUCAGCAUAACAGCAAGAUGGGUCAGAAGAAAGAGAGGACUGAGGAUGAGAAAGACACAGCCGUGUCACAGACUGGGAGUAACAACCCACCUCCAACUGGUUUGGAUGAAACCAAGGAUUUGGACUCUGAAACAUCUCAAUUUUCCCUGCAACUUCACUCUCCUCCAAUUGUCCCCUUUGUGUCAGGGGUGUAUUACAGCCAGCCGCCUCAUCAUCCUGCUUUAUCCCCUGAUGUUGUCUUUCCUCCAUUGUUUUGGCCAACCAUCCAACAGCACAGCUCUCUCUUGGCAGGAUCUACAUUCAGUUACAAGAAACUGUAAUCCCCACAGGAUUGACUUGUUAAAUGCUGGUUAUUGACGAUUAAGCACUAUGAAACAUGAAAUAAAAGUAUUUGCACCUUUUCUCAAUUUUCUUUAUUUGUAUUACUAUUUGGGGGGAUGCACAAUGAGCUUUUAUUAUGGCUCCAUUAAAGGAAAAAAAUUCCAACAGUAGAAAAACUACGAUACAUUCACAACAUGGUUUUUAGAUUUUUUUUUUAAACAUAUGGCAUUAAAUAAUUGUCACACCCAUAUUGCCUAUGGUUCUUUUGUGUAAAUUUUUAUUAAUAGUAAAAAAAUAAAAGUUUUACUGUGUAACUCUGUGUUUGUUGGUAAGCAUACUGAAGUCAACUUUUUAUUCUACAAAAAGAGAGAAUAAUAGUUAUCUCUGGCAGUAACCACAGAGAUCAAUUAAAUCCAUUAUUUAAAAAAAAAUAAAUAUUGAAAUUUAAGAUCAAAGUACUUAAAAUUAAUCUAUAAAGUGCAUCAAAAUUUGUCUGCCACACAACAUAUAAAGAUGAUUUAGAAAAAGUACUGAUAGUUAAUAAGGAUGUAAUAUUUUCUCACUGCCAAAAUUCAGAACAAAAAUGAAAGAAAGAUGUGUUUCAUUGCAAGGUGUCAAGACAUGGAAGAAUCUAAAACAAAUCUAUAACUUGUUAAAAAAAAUAAUUGCUCCUAAAAUACAACCCAUAAAUCUUAACCCCAGGUACAAUUUAGAAAUUCAGGAAAAAGACAAAAUUGCCAGUGUCAGGGUCAUUCAAACAAAUACUGUGAAGUACACACACACAAAAAAAAAAAACUACCCAAGGGGCAUAAGAACAAGUUUUCUUUAUUCUUGUCCCUUGUAAACAACGUGUACAAGAUAUUAUGUUUCUGUUGUUGUGGGAAUGAAAAAAAUGAAGACAUUUAAUUGGAAAAAAAAGUUAUCCAAAGAGUGACUAGAUCAGAAUAAAAUUUUCUGAAAAGAAAAAGUAAAAAUGUGUUAAAAUUAUAAAUAAUUAAACCGUAACGGGAAGCAAACAAAUAUUAUAAUUGGUGUUUAUUAAAAGCAUGUGUAACAAACAAAUUCGUUC